AUGUGUCUUGAAGUCAUUACCCUCGCUCACUGCGCGCCGCAGAAUCCGCCGGCUCUCUCGUUCACUUGCGGAAAGCUGCACAUGGUUGCUGGCUCUCGCAGCGUUUGUAGCCGCGCUCGUGGCCCCUGUGUGUGCUUCUUUGGCACAUGCGGCACUGUUGAGAGAGAUGUCGGCACGACAGCAGUUGACUUUACCGCUCUGACCAAGAUUCGUUGUGCGCACUGCACCACUCGUGAAGACGCCGUUGGUGACAGACGCAAUGGAAAAGAGAUUAUCGAAUCACCCCUCCUCCAACGACCUGCCCUGUCACUCGAUGACGACCAGGCGUUUCCCAAACACUACGCUACACUCAAAGAACUCUGGGGCGGGAGGCCAACAUGCCCAUUCCAUUCUGGUAUCAAACCGGAGCGACCGUCGAUCGAGUUGAAGACUCCGGAUGUCAUUGACCCACGACUCGGAAAGACCACUCUGGGAAACACAACUGCCACACCAGUCGCUGACCGCAACACCAUCAACAACAUGGCCGGCACACCAGUCUCGGAACCCCAGGACAGCGACAUCAUCGACACAAUCAUGGAAAACGUCAGUUUCCUUGCAGGUUCCAACACCAAUGGAGUAGAACCCGUUUUGCCCCGAACGGAAAUCACCAACGGCCUUGAGACUGACGUUGGCAUCAAGUCCAGUCGCUGGGCCACUGGAAACUCGUCGAGCAACGUCACGCCUCACCCGAUGGCCCGACCACCUCGUCCUGCCCAACCUUCUCGCCGUACCCCCGAGGUCAAGGACAGCUCGAAGCUGCGCGAUGCGACCCGAAAGCUCGCCGGCGCAAAGUCAUUCCUGGGCAAGCUUUCGAUGUAG